UUCUCUCUAUCUAGCUCACUUUCUCUCUCUCCCUCUGAUCAUGGACUCUCAGAAGGAAGCUCUUAUCAGGAUCAUAAAUACAUUAGCCAAUAAGAAUGAAGAGCUUCAAAGCUUCUUGGAAACACUUGAUGCCACACUAAUAGGACUGAAGGAUGAGUCAUGUAAGGUGAUGAUGGAGCUGGAGGCGGAGCUUGAGCAGCUUAGCUCUGCCCUUGAAACAAAGGGGGCGGAGCUUCGUGGCAUCAUUAAGGAGGAGAAACAGAGGAAGGAGGUGGAGCUUCAGAAUCAGUUGAUGGAAGGAAAGUCAGCUCUGCUCUCAUGUGAAGAACUUCUUGAGUUUGCGAAUCAGAGCCUGACGAUCAGCAAUGAAGAGGAAUUCCUGAAGGCUGCCAAAGAGAUCAAAGACAGGGUAACCAUGGCUCCAGCCUUCAGGUUAACAACUCGUCCAGUCGUGUCCCAGAACAUGUCUCAGUUUACUGUCGAUUUUAGUGUGGAGAGGGCUGGUCUUCAACAGCUCUACUUCCUGCCAGUCCCCAGAGCGCCAGAGAUCGACGGGGCCAACUGUGUCGUCUGUGACAACAACAUCUCUGUUGUCUGGCAACCAGCUGAUGAUAGUGAUGGUGAUGCUAAACGAAGCGAAUGCUAUGAGGUUGAGUACCGCAAAACGAACCGUGACUCAUCUGUGAGAGCCGCAACAGAGGCAUGCUGGGAAAAAAUCAGUAACAUCACAGAAACAAGGGUCACCAUCUCAGGUCUGAAAUUUGAUUCUCAAUUUGUCAUUGUUCGGGUUCGAGCCAAAAACAAGACAGCUGCUGGGGAAUUCUCUGAGCCAGUUGCCAUAGAAACUAGAGCAUAUAAUUUUGGCUUUGAUGCAGCGACGGCUCACGCCGAACUGAAGGUCACUGGUGACUCAGUGAUUUGGGAGCCACAGGGGGUCAAAGGUCAUGAUGCCCGUCUGAGAGGAAAAGACAAUAAAAGCAGGAGUGCAACACCUUCACCCAAUAAGACUGCAGUAGGCAGAGGAGGGCGGGACCGAUUCGCUGGAGAGUCCUAUACCGUCCUGGGUGAUCACGAAAUGAUGGGCGGCUGUCACUACUGGGAGCUCCGCCCCCUGGCUGACUGGAAGUCAUUCAGUGUGGGUGUUACCUAUAGGCAGAGCCUGGGCCGUUUCGACCAGUUGGGAAAAAGCUCUGGUUCAUGGUGUCUCCACGCCAGCCAAUGGCUGCAGACCUCUCUCGCAGCAAAACACAACAACCGAGCUAAGACGCUUGAUUGGCCGCUGCCUCAGCGAAUCGGACUCUACUGUGACUAUGACAAUGGUGAGCUGGUGUUUGUUGACGUUGACAGACUUCAUCUUCUUCACUCCUUCAAAACAAAGUUCAGCCAGCCGCUUGUCCCUGCCUUCACUAUCUGGUGUGGUGGUAUCACUUUAACAACUGGCCUGCAGGUGCCAAGCUUCAUGGGUAAUUUCCUCUCUGCCAAUCGGAGCCUUAGUAACUUGUCCCAGUAAUACCAUCUGUUGAUUUGAUUAUUUAGUAAUUUAUCUAAUUUAUUUGGUUGACUUAUCAAUGUCUUUUUUUUUUUUUUUUUUUUACUAAUUAAGCCUUUGUAAAAAGUUCAAUUUAAAAGCCACUGAGGUUAUUUAAAGUUCUAUUUAUUAAAUAAUUGAGAAAAAUGAAGAUCAAUAUAUGUCUAUCUGAUAAAUUACUGAGAAAUAUAGAAAUGAUCAAAUUUGACUAAAUGAUAUAUAAUAUAUAUAAUAACAGAAUAGAAAUGAUCAAAUAAAAGGUAAUGGUAUAAAUGAUCAAUAUUGUUUCUGUGAUAAAUAUCAAUAAUAUAGAAUUGAUAAAACUGACAAAAUGUAAUAAGUAUGAUCAAUAUUAUCUAUUUUAUAAACAAUGAUAUCGAAAUGAUCAAAUUUAGCCAAAUUAUAUAAAUAUAAUCAAUCUUGUUUUUAAACAUUAACAAAAUUGAUCAAUAACUAACAAUAAUAUAUAUAAUGAUAUUUUAAGAGGUUACUGUGAUGAUAAUUGCCUGUUCAUAAUUUCAAGUUCUUGACUUAAAUUUGAGGGCUUUUAAUUUGACAAGCAUUGUUUUGUCAUAUGGGAAUUUAUUUUAUUUGAAAUGACAGACUUUUAUUUUGACGAUCAAUGUAUUAUUGCCUAAUUUCUCUGAUUUUAUUUUGAAGACUUUUGUUAUUUUUAAAGAUAACUUUAUUCUGAUAAUAUGACAUUAUCACUGUCGUGCUAUGUUGACAAAAUUUUUCUGUCUCUUUGAUAAAGGACAGAAAGUUUAAAAAUUGUAAAAAAAAUUUUUUAUCAAACAUCAUGUGAAGUAAAAUCAAUUUAUUUUGAAAAUAUUUAAGUGAAA